AUGGCUCGCUCCAUCUCCGGCGCCAAGCUCAUCUCAGCCGCGGUCACAAAGGCAAUCACCGGCGGGAGAGGAUUCUCCGCCGCCGCCGCAACUGCCGGAAAUGCCGCGGCAGGGAAGGGGGGCUCUUCUUCUGUAACCGCCGCAACGAGCGGAAUGGUGAAGAAAACAGGGGAAGCGAGCAAGAGCAGCUGGGUUCCUGACCCGCGCACCGGUUUCUACCGACCCGAGAAUGUUGCCGAAGAGAUCGACGCUGCCCAGCUCCGUGCUCUCCUCUUGAGGAAACACUAA